AUGUCGGCUGUUGUGAAUAAAGCUUGGAUGAAUGAACCAGACAUAUUUAGCAAAACAUAUAGAGAUGGGGUUAAAUUUUUUAUGAAUUAUGCAGCUACAUAUGGUAAUUCGGACACAACAUGUUCUUUCCCAUGUUCUAAGUGUCAAAAUGGGAAACGUUUGGAAAUGUGGGAAGUGAGGAAACAUCUUUCUGAGAAGGGUAUUGAUAGGAGUUAUGUUGUUUGGUUCUUUCAUGGAGAAAAAGAGGGUGAUAGUACGAUAAGACGUCCAAGUGGUAAUUUUAUACCAACUGAAAUGAAUGAUGAGCAAGCUAGAGAAGGUGUAAUAGAAGAUUUGGGUUCCUUUGUCGAUGCUGCUUAUGGAGUUUUUGAUCGGGGUGAUGGUGUUAGUGGUAAUGAAGAAGUUGAAACUGAAGAAUUUGUUCCUGAACCAGAUUUGGGGAAGCGAUAUUACAGGUACAAACAGUUGUCUGAAGACAAGUUGUAUCCUGGUUGUAAUACUAGCAUCCUAGCUGCAAUUGUGGAGCUGCACAAUGUGAAGAAAACGUAUAAGAUUUCAGCUAACUGUGUAAAUAGUUUGUUGGGUGUGAUAAAGGGUUGGUUGCCGAAAGGAAACAAUUUGCCAGUAAAAUACACAGCGAUGAAGUCGAUGCUCAAAGAUCUGGGGAUGAAAGAAAAGUCGAUUCAUAUGUGUGAGAAUCAUUGUAUUUUGUAUUACAAAGAGAAUGAAGAUUUGACAAGCUGCCCGGAAUGCCUCGCACCAAGAUAUAAGGUUAAGGUUGAUAAAUUUGGGGAAAAGUUUUCAUCGAACGAGCCUUCCAAGGUAUUGAGAUAUUUUCCCCUCGGGCCAAGGCUCAAGAGAUUAUAUACGGUACCUUGGAUAGCACGUGCAAUGACAUGGCACGAUCGAGCAGAAGUUUCUACAGAUUAUAUGCGUCAUCCGGUUGAUUCAUCUCAAUGGGAUUUAGUGAAGAAGAAGUUUCCUGAGUUCGCAAAUGAGGGCAGAAAUGUUUGGCUUGGAAUUGCAACUGAUGGAUUUAAUCCUCAUGGUAUGCAGUCUCUGAAUUAUAGUUGUUGGUCUGUGAUAGUGGUUGUGUACAAUCUUCCUCAUUCCUUGUGCAUGAAACCUGAGUUCGAAAUCAUGACGAUGUUGAUUCCUGGGCCUAAGGCACCGGGGCAAGAUAUUGAUGUAUGUCUCCGUGUGCUAGUAGACGAGCUGAAAGAUGUGUUUGAGAAUGGGAUAUCAUCUUUUGAUACACACAAAGAAGAAUCGUUUCAGCUGAGGGCUACUUUAAUGUUUGGUAUUCAUGACUUGCCAGCACAAGGUAAUAUGUCUGGAUGUACCACGCACGGAUAUUUCGCAUGUGUACAUUGUGCAUACAAGACUCGAAGUGCGUAUCUGUUAUACACAAGAAAGAAUGUUUACCCUAAUUAUCGGAUAUACCUCAGGGGUAAUCAUCCUUUAAGGAAGGGAGAGAACUUGGGAUUAGAAACUGAUGAAACUAAAAAUGCUCCAAAGCGACUAUCAGGAAAGAAGUCGUUGGAGAAACUAGCAAAUGUGACUUACAAACCUGGUAAAUUGGUAGUAAGAAGCAAGGCGCCGAAAAGAAAGAGAUAUGAUCCCGAUGCCGAUGAUGAUACUUAUGGCGAUAGUGUUGACGAAGAACUUACCGGUGCAUUCUAUAAGGAGUCCAUAUUUUGGGAACUGAAGACCUAUCGUAUCCUGUAUUUCCGUCAUUGUGUAGAUGUAAUGCACACUGAGAAGAAUGUAAUGGAGCAUAUACUUGAGACGAUCUUUGAUAUUGGUAAUAAGUCUAUGAAAUCGUGGAAUGCAAGGGAUGAAUUGAAUAAGCUUGUCUUGCAUUGUGGACAGUGGACUACCCGUAAACCUGGGAGCGCAGUUGCUGGAAAACCAAUAUUUGUCUUAAGCAAAGCUGAGAAGGAAUCAUUUUGCAAGAUUCUUAAAGACCUCAAAUUCCCUUAUGGUUUUGCGUCGAACCUGAGCAACAAUGUUAAUAUAAAGAAUUCAAGUUUCAGUAACUUCAAAUCCCAUGACUAUCACGUCAUUAUGGAGUAUUUGCUACCUGUUUGUCUUCAGGAUGCUUUUCCAAAGCACCCUGAACUGCGUCGCGCACUUCACCAGGUCAGUUUGUAUUUCAGAUUGCUUUUCUCCAAACUCCUAAGCAAAGGUGGACUGCAAGAGGCUAAAUUCAUGGUUUCCGAGGCAAUGUGUGUGUUGGAAAAGUAUUUUCCAGCUUUAUUUUUCGAUAUAAGUGUUCACCUCAUGGUUCAUUUGGCUGAUGAAGCAUUGGUCUGUGGACCCGUUAGAUAUCGGUGGAUGUACCCCUUUGAAAGGACAAUGAAGGAGUUCAAAAACAUUCCCAAUAACAAAAGAUACAUUGAAGGGUCUAUUAAGGAGAACAACCUCGUAAAUGAAGCAGUCACGUAUGCCAUGGAGUACAAGUCAAAGCCACGCGAUGGAAAUCACCAAGCCAGUUGGGAGGCCUCUCUCGGAGAAGAGUCAGAGUAUAGUGAUGUAGGUCCUAUGGGUAAAAAAGGAACGACAGUAAUGCUCUCUUCCAUGCAAUUUAUACAGAUACGGAGGUGGGUGCUUUUUCGAUGUAAUCCAGAUGGUCUUGCUGAUUAUUAUAGCUACUAUUGUGAAAACCUUUUGUUGAUUUCACGAGAUGCUGGAAAUGAGGUUUCGGACGACGAAGUUGAAAAACAAACAGAGUUCAUCGAGUGGUUGUAUGAAAAGACAUCUUAUGUUACAAGUGUUAGCAAUAGCACACGUUAUGCAAUUUCUAAACAUGAUAGGUUUCUUAAACAAGGUGAUACAUGGUAUCAUGAAGAAAUAGUUGGUUGUCAAGACAGUGGUGUUUGCAUGACAGCAAACACCACAUUUAGGAGCAAGAAAGGCGAUAAAAAUCCCAAAACUGUAUUGACCAAGUGGUAUGGGGUUGUUAAUCAAAUUUUAGAAUUGGACUAUGGUCAAUUUAAUGAAGUUGUGUUUUACUGUGACUGGGUGAAAGCUGGAAGUGGAAGCAAAAUUUGUCCGGACUCGGAUUUGGUUUUGGUGAAUCUGAAGAGAAUGAGGGAUUCCGAUAAUAUGAGGGACGAGCCUGCAAUUCUCGCUGAAGAGGCAAGUGGAGUGUUCUACUCCAAAUAUUUAAAAAAUGCUGAUUGGAGGAGUUCUCAAGUGCCUAAUCUAUGUAUGAGUUUUCAACUUUUUGUGUAUUGCUCUGUAGUAUCUUGCAGUUUUGGAAAUGUCUUUUUGCCUUUGUUUGUCAAGUGUAUUGAGUCUUUGGUUGUGAAGUUUACUGCAGUCUCAUCUAUACUUGUAAAUCUUGUAAGCCUGGCCUUGGCUUGGCUCAUUUUCUAUUUAAUACAACCUCUGAAAUGA